AUGGCGUCGCAUCCCACGUCCCUCCGGGACCGACAGGUCGUGUCUAUUCAAAAGCUCCUCAACCUCAACCAUGACCCACGACCCGCCGAAGACUCUUCCUUCGACCCGGCUGCGCAGGGCAGCCUCGUCUCACACUCGACUCCGAUCUUGAACGAAGAUGGUGAUCCGAUCUGGAAAGUGCUGGUCUUCGACAACAUGGGCCGUGAUGUCAUCAGCAGUGUUCUACGAGUCAAUGACCUUCGAGCAUGGGGGAUCACUAUUCAUCUAAAUAUCAACGCGCAAAGAUACCCGAUACCCGAUGUCCCCGUUGUCUACCUGGUCGAGCCCUCACCUACAAACAUCCAGGCGAUCACCAAUGAUCUUUCUCACGGGCUCUACUCCCCAGCCCACGUGAACUUCUUAUCCUCGGUCCCUCGGCCGCUCCUGGAGGAUUUCGCAUCCCAAAUAGCCUCUUCCGGCGCAUCGGACCACAUCGCGCAGGUGUUCGAUCAGUACCUGAAUUUUAUCGUUGCGGAGCCGGACCUUUUUAGCUUGGGGCUCGGGAAUGAUGCGUACUACAAGAUCAACAGCCCGAAGACGAGUGAUGAAGAUCUGGAUGAGAUUGUCGAUAGGGUGGUGAGCGGGCUGUUCAGUGUGAGCGUGACUAUGGGUCAGCACUAUCCCCAUUAUUCGAUGUCCGAAGGGGGAGCGGCAGAGUUGAUUGCCACCAAAUUGGACCGAAAACUGCGCGACCACAUUCUCAAUUCCAAAGACAACCUUUUCUCUGGCAGCCAGAAAGCCUUGCCGGGCGUACCGUCGUCGCGACCCGUGUUGAUCAUUAUGGACCGAAAUGUCGACCUCGUACCGAUGCUCUCGCACUCUUGGACUUAUCAGUCACUGGUUCAGGAUGUUCUUCAGAUGCGCUUGAACCGCAUCACUCUGGACGCUGCAGAUGAGCAGGACUCGACUAAAGCCUCCAAGAAGUCGUACGACGUGAAUAGUAACGACUUCUUUUGGCAACGCAACGCAGGGGCCCCAUUCCCCCAGGUUGCCGAAAACAUCGAUGCUGAGCUCACACGGUACAAGGAGGAUGCGAAUGACAUCACCAAGAAAACAGGUGCUUCUUCGAUUGAAGACCUGCAAAACGAUACCAGCGCCUCGGCGCAGCACCUCAAGGCGGCAAUUACUUUGCUUCCAGAGUUGCGGGAGCGCAAGACGAUCCUUGACAUGCAUAUGAACAUUGCUACGGCCCUGCUCAAGGGUAUCAAGGACCGACAGUUGGAUAAUUUCUUCGAGCUGGAAGAGAACAUCACCAAACAAACCAAGGCGCAGGUCUUGGAGCUCAUUGGGGACCCUGCCAAGGGCAACAACCCGUGGGACAAGCUGCGCCUGUUUAUCAUCUGGUUCCUCAGCACUGAGACCGAGCUGAACCGCACAGAGAUGGCUCAGUGUGAGGAGGCGCUCACUAAAGCCGGCGUGCCUGAUGUCACCUCUCUGGCUUAUGUGCGGCAAGUGCGCGAGAUCACCCGGAUGACAAUGAUGACCACGGCAGCCCCCGAGCCCCAAUCAUCUGACCUGUUCCGUGGAUUCUCGUCGCUAUCCAACCGUCUGACGGAUCGGAUUACUUCGGGCUCGCUGGGUGCCAACUUUGACUCGCUCAUCUCUGGCGUCAAGAAUUUCCUGCCGGCAAACAAAGAUCUGACUGUGACCAAGAUCACCGAGUCUAUCAUGGACCCGUCGGCCGCCUCCAGCUCCGCCAUCGCCAAGACUGAGAACUACCUCUACUUCGAUCCUCGGAGCGCCAACGCGCGUGGUGCCAUGCCGCCAGCGGCUUCAUCGCGAAACACCCAGAUGCCCGGUACGAUGGGCGGUGCAGGGCCCGGCACAGGCGCCAGCUUUGGGCAGCGUCGCCAGGCCUUCAACGAGGCCAUUGUUUUCACUGUCGGCGGUGGCAGCAUGGACGAGUACGGUAACUUGCAGGACUGGGUCCGCCGGGUCAGUGGCCAAGUGGGCGCUGACGGGAUCGCACCGGCCCCUCGUCCGGGUGGCGGCGCACCUGGGCCCCGGCGCAGAGUGGUAUACGGCAGCACAGAUUUAAUGAACGCCAGCGAAUUCCUGUUGGACUCGUUGGCACCACUGGGCAAGGAGAGCUAA